GAGGGAGCCCAGGCUGCUGGGGGCUGCAGACAUGGAGGGCCAGAGCGGCAGUGGCAGCAGGAGGCCGGGGACCCGGGAUGGCCUGGGUCCCCUGCCCAUGCCCCAUAGGAUUUCUCAAACUGGGGCACCCUCCAAGGGAUCUCAGUUUCUCCAUCUGUGAAAGGGGUUUCAGACUUGAGGGAAUGGAUAGGGCUCUGUGUCCUGUCUCCUCUAAGAGAGGAGCUGACUUGCAGCAGAUUGGAUUUAGGUGGACUCAAGUUUUCAGCUCCCGGUGAAGGAAAAUGCAGCCCCAUUACCCUCGGAACCAAGGUUGGCUCUGGCACCUGUGGGGUCACGAGCAGCUAUGUCACCUUCCUCAGAGGGGCCGAGGCUGGCUCUGGCGUCUCCCCGGCCCAUCCUGGCUCCACUGUCCUCUCCUGGGAGGCAGAAAACAGCUUCAGCCCUUCGCACCUCCAGCCUGGCUCCUACAUCUGUGGGCCAGUUGGUGAUGUCGGCCUCAGCUGGGCCAAAGCCUCCCCCAGCGACCUCAGGCUCCAUCCUGGCUCCAACAUCUCUGGAGCAGCUCGUGAUGUCUGCCUCGGCCGGGCCGAGGUCUCCCCCAGCCACCCUGGGGCCCAGUCUGGUUCCGGCUUCCAAGGAUCAGAAGAAGCAGGUGCCACCUGCCUCCGUGGGACCCAAGCCAGCACUGGCAUCCUCAGGCCUGAGCCUGGCCCUGGCUUCUGAAGAGCAGCUCCCACCGCCCCCAUCCCGCCCCUCCCCAGUGCCCAGUCCGGCAUCGUCACCCUCUCAGGAACAAGCCCCCACUCCAGCAUCCUUGUCAUCAGCCCUGGCCUCUGUGGGAUGGACACCUGCCAGACAGAGGGAUGCCCCUGUCCCUACACCUCUCCCUGCUUCUGAGGGGCAUCUCCAGCCUCCAGCUGAGGCAUCUGCUCCUAAGGGCUCUCCGUCCUCAACCCAAGCCCCCCCGGACCCCCGGCUCUCCCCCUCCUUCCGAGCCCGACCUGAGGCUCCCCGUAGCAGCCCUGAGGAUCCCGUCCUGUCCCGGCCACCCCAGUCCCUGCCCCUGGAUGUGGGCCAAAGCCCUCCAGAGCCUGGCACCCAUUCCCCCGGACUGUUGUCUCCCACCUUCAGGCCAGGGGCUCCCUCGGCCCAGACGGUGCCAUCUCUGCCCAAGCCGCCCCGGUCUCCCAGCCGCUCCCCGAGCCGCUCCCCUAGCCGUUCCCCCUGUGCCCCCCUAUCCCCUGAGAUGGCCCUCCCCAGGCCUGGCAGCCAGAGCGUGGGUCCUGGUGGGCGCCUGAGCCCCAGCCUUCAGCCCCGAAAAGUCCCAGUUCCAGUCACCACCUCCCCUUCUACGUCCACUUCGCCAUCCUCUUCUUGGUCGGCUCAGCCUACCUGCAAGAGCGACCCCGGAUUCCGGAUCACUGUGGUCACCUGGAACGUGGGCACCGCCAUGCCCCCUGACGAUGUCACGUCUCUCCUCCACCUGGGCGGCGGAGAUGACAGCGACGGCGCCGACAUGAUCGCCAUAGGGCUGCAGGAAGUAAACUCCAUGAUCAACAAGCGGCUCAAGGACGCGCUCUUCACCGACCAGUGGAGCGAGCUCUUCAUGGACGCACUGGGGCGCUUCAACUUCGUGCUGGUGAGCACUGUAAGGAUGCAGGGCGUCAUCCUACUGCUGUUUGCCAAGUACUUCCAUCUGCCCUUCCUGCGGGACGUGCAGACCGACUGCACUCGCACCGGGCUAGGCGGCUACUGGGGCAACAAGGGCGGAGUGAGCGUGCGCCUGGCAGCCUUUGGGCACAUGCUCUGCUUCCUGAACUGCCACCUGCCGGCGCACAUGGACAAGGCAGAGCAACGCAAGGACAACUUCCAGACCAUCCUCAGCCUCCAGCAGUUCCAGGGGCCCGGCGCGCAGGGCAUCCUGGACCACGACGUCGUCUUCUGGUUCGGGGACCUGAACUUCCGCAUCGAGAGCUAUGACCUGCAUUUUGUCAAGUUCGCCAUCGACAGCGACCAGCUUCACCAGCUCUGGGAGAAGGACCAGCUCAAUAUGGCUAAGAACACCUGGCCCAUCCUAAAGGGAUUCCAGGAGGGGCCCCUCAACUUUCCUCCCACCUUCAAGUUUGAUGUGGGUACCAACAAAUAUGAUACCAGCGCCAAGAAGCGGAAGCCAGCCUGGACAGACCGUAUCCUGUGGAAGGUCAAGGCUCCAGGUGGGGGUCCCAGCCCCUCAGGACGUGCAAGCCACAGGCUCCAGGUGACCCAGCACAGUUACCGCAGUCAUAUGGAGUACACAGUCAGUGACCACAAGCCCGUGGCUGCCCAGUUCCUCCUGCAGUUUGCCUUCAGGGACGAUGCCCCCCUGGUGCGGCUGGAGGUGGCCGACGAGUGGGUGCGGCCGGAGCAGGCUGUGGUGAGGUACCGCAUGGAAACGGUGUUCCCCCGCAGCUCCUGGGACUGGAUCGGCUUGUACCGGGUGGGUUUCCGCCACUGCAAGGACUAUGUGGCUUAUGUCUGGGCCAAACACGAGGAUGUGGAUGGGAGCAUCUACCAGGUGACAUUCAGCGAGGAGUCGCUGCCCAAGGGCCAUGGAGAUUUCAUCCUGGGCUAUUACAGCCACAAUCACAGCAUCCUCAUCGGGGUCACUGAGCCCUUCCAGAUCUUGCUGCCUACCUCAGAGCUGACCAGCAGCACCACAGACAGCUCAGGCGCCAGCUCGGAGGACGAGGACGACAGCACCCUGGAACUGCUCGCCCCCAAGUCCCGCAGCCCCAGUCCUGGCAAGUCCAAGCGGCACCGUAGCCGCAGCCCGGGCCUGGCCCGUUUCUCCAGCCUCGCCCUGCGGCCCUCGUCCCGCGAACGCCGAGGUGCCAGCCGCAGCCCCUCACCCCAGAGCCGCCGCCUGCCUCGGAUGGUCCCCAAAAGGAGCAGCGAAGGCAGCAGCCAGGGCAGUAGUGAGGAGGGGCCCCCCACGCUGCCUGGCUCCUGGGCCUUCCCGCCGGCAGUGCCUCGUAGCCUGGGCCUGCUCCCUGCCUUGCGCCUGGAGACCGUAGACCCAGGUGGUGGUGCCUGGGGCCCUGAUCAUGAGAUCCCGGCUCCCGACAGCCUCUCUCCCAGUCCCCAGGGCCAGCAGGGGCUGGAAGAGGGGGGCCUGGGGCCCUGAAGGGCAGGGUGGACAGGUGAGCCCAGGUGGCACCCACUCUGCCCACAUCUUCCGUGAACCUGCCUGCCUCCCUCCUGCUGCUGCUCCAGCUGAAGCUGUACUUGCCACUCUGUCCUGGCCAGAGGGGGCCAACUAGGGUCCCCCAAACCUCAGUCCCAGCACCUCAACUGGGACAAUCAGCAAAGCCCUGACUUGACCCCCAUCUGGGAUGGGGAGGAAGGGGAAUCUCUGGCAGAUGUCCCAAGCCUGAAGAUCAUCCAUUAGGAAUUAAAUUCUCCAGCCUCACUCCCGGCUCCCUCCUAACUGGUUAGCGGACUGGGGUGGGGAU